GAGCCUCACGUCCGCCAUUUUUAUUUAUGUGUGUGGGGGAUCAGUGGGGUUGAUACGGAGUGUGUGUGGAAGAAAAUAAUACUUAUGCGAAUUUUUGCAAGAAAUCCGGGAGCCGAUUAGAGAGAUGCGUCGUCUCGCGAUACGCACAUGACCGUGUUACAUCGGUUACGUCGUUACAUUUAUAUGACCUUUGCGUGAGGACUGUCUCUCCGCGCGAAUGGUGAUCUUCGUGAACGCAGCUUGCUUUCUUUCCCAGUGCUCUUGUUAAUAAAAUGGAUCAUCGCCAAAAGAUGGUUGUAGUUCCUCAACAGUCAAAGAUUAAAAUUGAGGACGACGACGACGAGGAUGUUGAAGCACUGAGAUUGGCUGCGCUCAAGUCACUGCGUACUAAAGAUGCCACUCAUAAGAGAACAGCGUUGUCGCAGGUGCAGAAGGUGUAUCCGCAAGCAACGCAACCAUCUCGUCUCCCAUAUAAAGGUCAACGGCCUAUAAAAAAGAAUUUCUAUCACAACAGGUUACAACAGAGACAGAAUGGGAAUGUAUAUUAUCAGAGCCAUCGUAAUCCAAAUCUGAUAGCGAUAGUUCCUGUAGAUGAACCUUCUCCGGUUCAACAGGCCCAGGUAGCUCCUGUAGAAAAGACUGAACCAACUGUAGAAUCGCAAGAAAUAUCGACAAAAUUCCAUCGUUUUAAGGACAAUGGAAGUGCUUCGGAAGAUGAAGAUGCAAAGGAGCAAAGAAGUCAUGUAACUUCUACGAAGGUAGAAAUUAUAGCAAAGAAGGAACUGGAGGAGUCUUCGGUAGAAACGGAAAGUCAAAAGGAAGCGACAGAGAGUUCGCAGAAGAACGGUGACAAUCAGGAAGAAGAAGACGGCAACGACGACGACGAUGAUGUACUCUUAAUGGCCGAUCUCGAGGAGGAGGACAGUUUGGAACGCUUAAUGGACGAGAUGGAGAGGGAGAUAAUAAACGACGGAAACAAGUCCGAGAAGAAGAAGGAGAGAAAAUUGCAUAAAGGCGAAGCUAGGAACGCAGCGAGGAGUGACGAAGGGAGCAAAGGUCUCGAUCAGAAGGUGAAAUCGGACGAGAAUUGCGGCAAGAAAGACAGAAGCAACACGAUUACCUCGUCUCUGAACGACAGACGGUCGGUUUCUCCGCACGUACCGACCCGAGUUCCUCAAAAGCGCAAGUCGCUGUCCCCAAGGUCACGGUCACGCAAGAAAUCGCCGAGGAGAUCUCCCAGAAAAUCCCCGCUUAGACAGAUUCCGAAGAGAUCCCCGAGAGAACCGACGAGAUACAAUAGAUCACCUCGCAGGUCACCGUCGUCGCGCUACUCCCCCAGAUCCAGAUCGCCCAGACUCUCGCCGCGCAGAUCCCCGAUCAGAACGACCGCGAAGAGAUCGCCGCCGAGAAAGUUGUCUCCAAGAGGCAGAUCGCCUAAGCUGUCGCGUUCCAGGUCGCCCCGACCGCACAGAUUAUCGAGAUCGCCCAGACGAUCGCCUCGAUCGAAGUCUCCAAGGCCGCGCUCCAGGUCGCCGAGAUUGUCGCGCUCGAGAUCACCGCGUUACUCGCCGCCGCUCAGAUCAUCCAGGUCCAAGUCUCCCAGGUUGUCGCCGAGAAGAGGAUCGCCCCGUCGAUUGCGAUCCAGAUCCAGGUCCCCCGGUCUGUCUCCUCCCAGGAGAGGCUCGCCUCGCUUGCGCUCGCCAAAAGUCUCGCCGCGUAGGACGCCACCUCGUCUAAGAUCGCCUCGUCCGAGGUCACCUCGACUCUCGCCACCUCGCAGAUCACCGUGGUCGUCCCCGAGACACUCUCCUCGCCUCUCGCCGCGACGAAGACGAUCGCCCAAGUGGUCGCCUAAGGAAUUACCCAGGAAGCACGGACCACGUUCCAUCACUCCGGACAUCAAUUGCGAGUACGCGAGGGAGCCGUCCCCGGUUUUUAAAAGUACAGCGUCACCGGAAAUGCUCAGAGCGAGGACGAAGCAGAAGGACGAGGGUUACGAGAGACCAGCAACAACAAUCGAGGCAGGUAAGGAGCCCGUUGACGCGAUUAGUGAUCCCGUUCUCGAGGCGAGGAGGAAGAAGUUUGAAUCCACGCGGCCUAUCGACCCCAUAAAUGCGAAUAAGAAGAUUAAGUUAUCCAAGAAACAUACUGCGAAAGUGGAGUCCUCGGAAGGAACGGAGGUUCCAUUAGGUGGUGGUAGAAAAGCGAACAAAACUUUAGAAGAGUUUGAAGUUCAGGAGGUGGAUUUGUGUCUGGCGACGAGUUUCGAGUUUGAAGAGUUCGAAGAAACGGUGGAGAACACAUCCCCGACUAUUAUUUCCAGUUCUGUAAAUACGUGCAUGGAUGUAGAGCCGCAGAAAGUGGAGAAAGAGAAGUCCUUGAAGAAGAAGAAGAAGCGUGACAAAGAGGUGUACCAAGUGGGUAAACUGAAGAACGAAUUGCCGCUUUCUGAACGUAUUGGAAAGGAUAAGAAGUGUAAAAAGCGGAAGGAGAUGGUGGUAUCCGAGGAGGAGGUGGACGCUGUAUUUGAGGAUAUAGCGGUAGAUGAAGAAGGUGAUUUGCGGACGGAGCUUAGCAGAAGGCGCGCAGAAAGAUUAAAUAGAACAGUACCAGUUCAAUCUGCUAGAUUAGUGCAGUCAGCUUUUAAAGGCGUUGUUAAUGAGGUUGUGAAAAAUAAUGCGAAAGCUAAUCAGAGACAUGUUAUUAAUACUGAUGAAAAAUCUAAUCAAAAGGAAGUCAGACGGGUUACUGUGCUACAUAGAUCAUUAACAGAAUUACAUGAUUCUGAAGAUGAAAGUACUCUUGAUUCGAAAGUACCUGUGCGUUUCAGGCUGGGGCUCAACAAACAAGUGCAAGAGUCCAGAGAAUCCAAGGUUACUCGAAAAGCAUCCAAAAGACAGGGUCGUAAGGUAAAGCACAAAAAUCAUUUGUCUCUAAAAGAUCCUGAGCAUAUUUCGUAGUGUAUAAAAUUAUGCCUUUAUAUAUAUAUAUAUAUAUAUAUAUAUAUCUAAUCUAGACUUAAGUAAGUCGUAUGGUAACUUCUUAUCAAUCCGGUCGAUAUUUUGUGAUACUACCAAGAGUUAAGUAUGUAAAAAGAUACAUUUUGUGAAAUAUUCAUACUUCUAUCGAUAUCAUAAUGGAAAUGAUGGCGGAUUUAAAAGUAGCAAACAACACAAAAGCUUCAAAUUACUUUAUGCUUAUAUUUCAUUAUCAUUUUGUGAAUUAGAAUGAUGCAGUCUCUGAUAGAAUAUUUGAAUAAUGAUCGAUCGCUACAAUUCUAUUAAUUUGAUAUAAAUAAUUCUUUGAAUAUUCAUAUUAAUUGAGAAAUAAUUUUAGUAGAUACUACUUGUUUGUUUAUAUGGAUAUUUUUUGUUUUGCGAAUGCAUUUUUUUUAUUAGAAACUAAUUUAAGUAAAAAUAGUUACACAAAAAUAAUUUAUUAACUAAGUUAUAUGAAACACAGUGUGAAACAAUAUUGUGUGCCUUUUAAUAAUAGCCAGAAAGUAACAUGAAUGCCGCGAGAUAAUUUGCACAUUGAAUUUUGUUGAAAAAAAUUUGAAAAUAUUGUUUUCGUGAAAAAAACAGAUAUAGACACAAAAUAACAAUAUUAGAAAAAACCCAGAAAUGUAAAAAAGAAAGGAAACGAGAGCAAUCGUAUAGAACAUUUUCCAGAAAUUGUUUGCAAUUUAGCAUUGCGUGACUCUAAACUGGGGUUUAGUAAAAAUAAGAGUGAUCUGUUUUUUUGUUUAGGAAUAAAAUAAAUCCGCGUUCGUCCGAUUGCAUAUUUGUAUGAAGAGAGAAAUAGCGGUUCAUCUCUUACUGCUCAUGCUUAUGUUGUCGACACACAUAGGAAGAUGCGCUCAUUAAUAAUUAACGGUUAUAUUAUUAUGUCGUAAUAAAAAAAGGCAUCUCUUUUUCUCUUUUCAACUAUAAAGUACAAUAAUAUUAAUAAUAAUGUUAAUGAUAUGAGGAUAAUAAUAUCCAAAAUUUCGAUACAAUUACCAUUAAAUGUACUCAACUGUUUAUCGUUUGCUUAGGAAAAGUUGAUUACGUGUAAUUAAUAUUAAAUCAUCUGUUGUAUUGAAGAUUAUUGUGUAUAUAACUUACUUUUGGUCGCUCACCUAAAUAAACAAGAAAUCAUAAAUAAUCCCAAAGCUACCUACUGCAAAACCUAAGUAUAUAUUUUAUAUGAGAAUGUGUAGAAUGUGUAGGCACAUAUCUCUUUAAUUGUACAUAGCACUUAAAAUACUGACGUCGAACUUAAUAAGAAUGUUGUAGUAUAGCUUGUAAAUUUAAAAAUUAAAACGAAAAAUUGCGCCGCGGCAUCAAAUAAUCCUGUACAAAUCAAUUAAUAGCAAUCCAAGAAAAAAUGCAAAA